CGCCCCGUCUCUUUGUCCUUCGCCGCCGCGCAGAAGCGAGUGCAGACGCGGCCCCGCGCACUGCUACAGCCGGUCGUUGUUUUACAGCGGUGCCUCCCGCCCUUGGCAUCCCUGGAUGUGUUCGGCUGCGAGCCCCGGCCUGGUCCGGUUGACGGGCUGCGACCCUAUGGCCACACCGCGGGAGCUAAUUGCAACUUGAUGCUGAGUGGAACUACAGGCUGACGUCAAAGGCAACUUCUUUCUGAAGAUAAAUGUGAGAGCUGUCCCCGAGAGCUGCCAUGUUCUGUGGGAAAUGGCCAAGCUCACAGAUCCUGGUUCUGCACAAGUGAGCCUGCUCUUGAGAGAUAAGAAAGGAGUUCCUGGAGCCAAGAAUUCAUUCCCAAUGUGAAAGGCCUAGCCAGAACCACACGCCAGAGCUCCGUGGCCCAAGCAGAGGAAACGCAAAGAUCUCAGACUUGAUGAUCAUCUUGCACAGGGAACAGAAAAUGACCAUGGUACAGGAGCCGGUCUUGUUUGAAGAUUUAUCUGUGGACUUCACCCAGAAGGAAUGGCAACUGCUAGACCCCUAUCAGAAGAACUUAUACAAGGAUGUCAUGUUGGAGAACUACAGCAGCCUAGUGGCCCUGGGUAAGAAAAGCUUCCCAGAGGACCUCAUUGUGCCCAAUACCUUGCUUUUUCUUUUUUAGUUGCUGAGAGCUUGUGGGGCUUCUGAAGUGGUUAAUGAGUUUGGACCUAAAUAUAAGGAGAUCAAAGUUUCUUGGACUGUGGCACCAGGGAAAGGUAUGAAUUUAUGAAACCUGAUGUCAUCUUCAAGUUGGAACAAGGGGAAGAGCCAUGGAUAGGAGAUGGAGAGAUUCCAAGUUCAGACUCUCCAGAACAAGUCUUGCAAGUAAAUGGUCACAUGAUGUGGCACCAGCAUAACCAUGAGAAGCUUAAAAAUAUGAAACAAGAUUAUGAAUGUGAUGCAUUUGGAAAAAAUUUCAAUUCGAGCAUAGACUUUGUUCCUUUAAGGAAGUCAAAUGAUGAAGGUGAUGUAGAUGGAUUAAUUUUAAAACAUAAUAUAGAUUUACUUCUUCCAAAAGUUGAUUACAGGAAAACAGAACCAGAUGACUUAAAUGUAUUUGAUAAAUUGUUUCUCCAUACCAAACCUGAGGAAACUGAUACUUGGUUAAAAUACUAUGAGUGUGAUAAAUAUGAUAAAAUUAUCUAUAAGAAGUCGCAGAUUAUCAUAUAUCACAGAACUCGUUUAGGGGAGAAGCUUUAUGAAUGCAGUGAAUGUAGGAAACGCUUCAAUAAGAGAUCAAGUCUCAUCAAACACCAGAGCAGACAUAUAAGAGAGUUAGCCUAUGGCUGUGGUAAAUGUGGCAAAACCUUUCCCCAGAAGUCACAGUUUGUCACGCAUCACAGAACUCAUACAGGAGAGAAACCUUAUAAUUGUAGCCAAUGUGGGAAAGCCUUCUCCCAGAAAUCACAGCUCACAUCCCAUCAGAGGACACACACAGGAGAGAAACCAUACGAAUGUGGUGAAUGUGGGAAAGCCUUCUCCCGGAAGUCACAUCUUAUAUCACACUGGAGGACACACACAGGAGAAAAACCCUACGUGUGCAAUGAGUGUGGGAGAGCCUUUAGUGAAAAGUCAAAUCUCAUUAAUCAUCAGAGAAUUCAUACAGGAGAGAAACCUUUUGAAUGCAGAGAAUGUAGCAAAGCUUUUAGUAGGAAGUCACAACUCGUUACACAUCACAGGACUCACACAGGAACAAAACCUUAUGGAUGUAGUGACUGUAGAAAAGCCUUCUUUGAGAAAUCAGAGCUCAUUAGACAUAAGACAAUUCACACUGGAGAGAAACCCUAUGAAUGCAGUGAAUGUCAGAAAGCGUUCAGGGAGAGGUCAAGUCUCAUUAAUCAUCAGAGAACCCACACAGGAGAGAAACCUCAUGGAUGCAGUCAGUGUGGGAAAGCCUUCUCCCAGAAGUCUCACCUGAUAUCACAUCAGAUGACACACACAGGAGAGAAGCCUUUUGUAUGUAGUAAAUGUGGGCGGGCCUUCAGCAGGAAAUCUCAGCUUGUUAGACAUCAGAGAACUCACACAGGAGAAAAACCCUAUGGAUGCAGUGAAUGUGGGAAAGCUUUUAGUGAAAAAUUAAGCCUCACUAAUCAUCAGAGAAUUCAUACAGGAGAAAAACCGUAUGUGUGCACUGAAUGUGGAAAAGCUUUUUGUCAGAAAUCACAUCUCAUAUCACAUCAGCGGACACAUACAGGAGAGAAACCCUAUGAAUGCACCGAAUGUGGGAAAGCCUUUGGAGAGAAGUCAAGCCUUGCAACUCACCAGAGAACUCAUACAGGAGAAAGACCCUAUGAAUGCAGGGACUGUGAAAAAGCCUUCUCCCAGAAAUCACAACUCAAUACUCACCAGAGAAUUCACACAGGAGAGAAACCUUAUGAAUGCAGUCUUUGUAGGAAAGCAUUCUUUGAGAAGUCAGAGCUAAUUAGACAUCACAGAACUCAUACAGGAGAAAAACCUUAUGAAUGCAGUGAAUGUAGAAAAGCCUUCAGGGAGAAAUCAAGUCUCAUCAAUCAUCAGAGAAUACAUACCGGAGAGAAACCCUUUCAAUGCAGUGAAUGUGGCAAAGCCUUCUCUCGGAAAUCACACCUGAUACCACAUCAGAGGACACAUACAGGAGAGAGGCCCUAUGGAUGCAGUGAAUGUACGAAGGCAUUCUCUCAGAAGUCACAGCUUGUUAAUCAUCAGAGAAUUCAUACUGGAGAGAAACCUUAUCAAUGCAAUGAAUGUGGGAAAGCCUUCUCCCAAAAGUCACAGCUCAUUAAUCAUCAGAGAACUCAUACAGUGAAGAAAUCAUAGACAUUUGAGAAUAUUAGUCUUUGACAGAGACCUUACCUCAUGGUACUUCAGAAAAUGCAGUUUGAAAAUCAGAUAAAUAGGUCACGUUAGGUGUCUUGAGUGUUAUUUGGGGGUAGGAACUUUAAGUGAGGUUAUGUAGAGAAAGCUUUCAGCAGAUUGACAUGUUUAUAUAUCAGAAUUCAUAGAGUGGAAUGAGCCUAUGAAGUGCAAUGUAUUUCAAAAACCUUUCAAUCUGUAGUCACACCUUACACAGUAGGAAAUUAACAGCAAAGAGGAAUACUGAAUAUUAGAAAGCCUUUGCAGAGGGCAAAUCUCAGCUGUUAGGAAUAUUUCCACUGGGGAUAAAUCCUAGUCCAGUGAGUGAAGGAAAACCCCCUGAAUGUGGCAUUUGAGACAAUAUUUUUAUCAAGAAAUAAUGGCUCAUUGUACAUAAGAAUGCCCUCAGGAAUGAAAUUCUGUGAAAAUACUAAAUAUGGGACAGCCUUUAUCAAGUAAUCCAGUCACCCUGUAUUUUGGACAAUUCAUGUUGUGGAAAAACCUAACAAUUUAAAGAUAUUGGAAGUAUGUGUCCUAGAGAUAAUGCUAUAAAGGGAAGCCAUGUAAUUUUUGUACACAUGGGUAUCAGAAAUACCCAAUUCUAAAUGCUUGACAGGUUUUCACUAUGAAAUUUUACAUAUAUAUGAAUAAACUGAAUCACUGGAAAAAUCGAAAUAA